AUGGCGCUAUCAGAGCUACAGCAGCCACAAACUGCGCAGCGAAUCAUUCGCACCAGUGAGCGCGCCACGCUACAGAACGCGCUGCAGGACUCCAGCCCGCCCGUGCUGAUCCACCUAAACGCCGACACGACAUGGCUGCUUUCGCUGCCAUAUCCACCAUCAAGUCAACCACCUGCAGGCCGCAGUCGGUUCAAUAUACUGCUGGACCCCUGGCUGCAGGGGCCACAGUCCGACGUCGCUUCGUGGUUCUCAACCCAGUGGCAUAUCGUGACGCCGUGCAUCGAGACCAUUGAGGAGUUGAACCAAAUUCUGGCUGAAGCAGAGCAAGGCGGUGCUUCCAACGAGUCGCAAUAUCCUCUCAAGUGUUAUAUUGACGUGGUCACUAUAUCGCAUGAGUUUACGGAUCAUUGCCACGAGGCGACGCUCAAGGAGUUGCGGCGGGACGUUCCUGUUUUCGCAACAGAAAAGGCUGCGGAGCUUAUCAGGUCAUGGAAGCAUUUCAGCAAUGUAACGACAACUCCAGGCUUCUCAUCCUCUACCAAGGAUUGGCAGCGCGUCUUGAGUGUCUCGCCACUCCCUGAGUGGGUUGGUAUUGGGCGGGUCAUUACGGCGGGGAAUGCGCUUUACUACCACUCUGCCGUGAUGUUGGUCUUUCGCCACGGUACCAAGUCGCAGGCUGUCAUAUACUCGCCACAUGGCAUCAAAGGAUCGGAUCUCCAGGCUGUCCAAUCUGUUGAUAUAGAGACCCUUGCCCUAUUGCACGGUUUGCAUGAUGUCAGGAUAUGGAUGACCAAACAGCUGAAUCUUGGUGCGUUGAACGGCCUCGAAGCAGUCCGGGCAAGUGGCGCCCGGUACUGGAUUGCUACACAUGAUGAGAUCAAGAAAGGGGGUGGUUUCAUUGCGCCAAUGCUAAGGAGGACAAAGUAUACGGUUGCAGAUGCUGUCAAGAAGAAGACUCAGUCUCUGGGAGAGGAAGCGCCAAAUUACAACUUCGUGGAACUUGGGUCGGGUGAUGGUCUAGUGCUGGCUUAA